GGAAACAACGGGGAUCCGUACUGACGUCAAUUUAUGGGAAUUCUCAAAGUGGCAAGAUGGCUACGGAACCAAAUAAGACUGAGAUCCUUACCAUUUUCAAAAGAUUAAGAUCUAUUCCUACAAACAAGGUAUGUUUUGACUGCGCAGCUAAGAACCCUAGCUGGGCAAGUAUUACAUAUGGUGUAUUCUUAUGCAUCGACUGCUCUGGCAUCCACCGCUCCCUGGGAGUGCAUCUCAGCUUUAUCAGGUCCACUGAGUUAGACUCCAACUGGAACUGGUUUCAGCUUAGAUGUAUGCAGGUUGGAGGCAAUGCCAAUGCGAAUGCAUUCUUCCGCCAGCAUGGCUGCUCUACAAACGACACCAACGCCAAGUAUAAUAGUCGUGCAGCCCAGUUGUACCGGGAGAAGAUUCGACAGCAAGCAAAUGCUGCAUUGUCCAAAUAUGGCACAGAUCUAUGGAUUGACUCUUCUGUGGGAGGCACUGUGGCAGCUUCUGAGAAGAAAGAGACAGAUUUCUUUGCAGAACAUACACAGCAGACUAAUGACUGGUGCAUGGCGCCGCCCUCCGAGCCAGAGCAGAAUGGAGCCACUGUGACCCCACAGCUGACGGACAGGACGGCCAAAGGCCAGGAUGACAACCAGCCGGAGGAAGGACCCAGCAUCGACGGUCUGAGCACAUCACCCAAAGCCUCCAUUGAGGACUCCAUGCGUUUGUCAUCACAGGAAGAAUGGAUACCCAAAGAUUUAAAGACUUCCAUUAUUGGAAAAAAGAAGCCCAUGGCUGCAAAAAAAGGGCUCGGUGCAAAGAAAGGUCUCGGUGCCCAGAAGGUGAGCAGUAAGAGUUUCUCGGAUGUGGAGAAGCAGGCGCAAGUGGCCGAGAAGAUGAGAGAGGAGCAGGUUGUUGAGGCGAAGAAACAAGCCGAGGAGUCCAUUGUGGCCUCAAUGCGUUUGGCUUACAAAGAGCUGGAGAUCGACAGGAAGAUGGAGGAAAAGAAGAUUCAGAACCUGGAAGGCAAGAAGAGAGAGCAGGCUGAGAGACUGGGCAUGGGCUUCGGCAACAGGAGUGCCGUGUCUCACUCGGUGAUGUCAGAGAUGCAGGUGAUCGAGCAGGAGACUCCUGUGGGAGCCAAGUCCUCCUCUCGCUCCAAACUGGACAUGUUUGAUGAGCCGGGUUUCACUUCUGGACCCCCAAAAUAUAAGGACAACCCGUUUACAGUGGGAGACAGUUUUGGAUCCCGGUGGGAUACCGAGGGAGGAACUGCCUCCUUUACCACCUCCUGGGCUCUGGAGAAAGAGGACCCCAAAGAGGAGGUCACCAUCUCUAGUAUUCAGCCAAUUGGAGAGAGACUUCCCAGCAGAAGGAAAGCCGACGUGUCCGCUCCAGUGUCAGAGUCGAGUGAGGCCCGACAGAAAUUUGCAAAUGCAAAAGCGAUCUCUUCGGACAUGUUCUUUGGCCGGGAAAGCAGUGCAGAGUAUGAUGCAAAGAGCAGACUGGAGACCAUGUCUGGAAGCACCUCCAUCAGUUCAGCUGACCUCUUUGGGGAGGGCAAUGACCAUAAAGGGAGGGCACCAGGCUACGACAGUGUGCUCCCCUCCGGCCCGGACAUCGCACAAUUCAAACAGGGAGUGAAGACCGUAGCGGGCAAGAUGGCCGUUUUGGCCAACGGUGUCAUGAAUACAAUCCAGGAUCGCUACGGCUCCUACUGAUCAGCCCUGAGGGUUCCACACCGACCUGUGGGAAGAUGUGUUAACUGACGCCUGUGAAGAGUCAACCAGCCUGACGGAGAUGUGCAUUUGGGCGGAGUAGAUGGGACGAGAGAGAGACGGGAAGCAGAAAGGAUUGCAUGGGAAAAUAAAUCGUCCUUCUCUCCCGUCCUCUUCUAGAGACAAUUUUGCAGAAGUGAGACCAUAUUUUCUUCUCUAAUUCUCAUUAGCAGACUCUUGAGUUUUAUUUUCAUAAAGGAAACCAUCGAAGGGUGUAGUUUUUUCUAAACCAAGAGUUACGUUGUAAUUUAUGUCGAGAAUAUUUUGGUCUUAGUUUUCGAAAUGACUUAAUUCUACUAUAUUUUAUUCCUUAUACAGAAAUCAAAGUGUUGUUUUUGAUUCAUAUUAUCAAAUACUUCAGUCUUUUUAUUUUAUUGUGAUAUAAAAAAAAAAAGGUGCAGUAUAUAUUUUCAACCGUCGACAUUCAUUUGAACAGAAUUCCACAAUGUUUCCAUUCAGUGUUGGAGUCACUGGUCACGUACAGUAGUUUGUCCACAGGUUGUUGGGUUUUCAUACACAAAGCACUGACUGCAACUGUCUUGACGACGUCAGAUGAUUUGUGAGCUUGGAAUUAUGCAUUUCUGUCUGGAUGAAAGUAUCUAUUGUGGAGCAUCAGAUAUUUGAUGUCCUAGCUGCUAUGGUUAUUUAUUAUCUAUCUUUAAGACUUAGACCCGGUCGUCCAUGACCAUACCUCCUUUUCAACACACACAAGACAGUGCAGGGUAAUUGGGAACUUUUAAAUUAUAGGGGGAUUAAACCCAAACAGUCAAAGUGUGUACAGACGUCAGAUGGAACGUGAAGUCCCAGCUCAUAGAACUGACUAUGAAUCUUAUUUUUUACUACCUUGGAAAGAGUGUCACUUCGAUGUCUUGCUGGUUGAAUCUGAAGUCUGCCUCGAUGCACCUCAACUCUGAAAUGUUUUGACGUUGCUGCCUUUUCCCUCUCGCAGCAGGUUAAUCUUUUAUUUUGGAAGGCUGACGUCUUACAUUUAUCUGUUCAGUUUUAGACAUUUGACCAAUGAAAAAUAUUCCUGACAUUCAAGACAAAACGAUUCGUCUUUGGAGGAAUCCUUUCAAUGUUUCUCUUAACACUGUAUAGCUCAACAUGUUCAUGCAAUUAAUCUCAAACCCACAAGGUGAAGAUCCCCUUUAUGUUCCUGGCAGACUUGACAUUCAACAAGUUAUUAGAAGAAAUGUUUAGGUAGAGGAGACCUGGUUUGUAAUGUCAUAUUUUCCCCGAGUGUGGUCAUGGCUGUGUAUGUUCCACCCGUGAUAAAACUCUCCAAAAAGUAACAAACGUGAACUGAAAGGAUGAAACAUUCAACUAUUUAUUUGUAGACUACAAAAAGAAACUUAUUCAGAAUGUUAAUAAAGAUUUAAAACCUC